AUGUCCGGCAACACCGUCGUCACCUCCUGCACCGGCAUGCCCCUCGCCUGGCACUGCUUCUGCUGCAGCCGCUUCGGCUUACCAGUCGAAGCCGACGACGGCACCGGUUCUAUCCCAGUCCACUGCGCCUGCUGUAGACACAUGGACGAACCUACACGCGCGAACGCCAUCGACAUGCCUGGACAUCCACAUGUGGUAGCUCUGGCAACGAUAGAUCGAGCAGCGGUCUCUGCAUCGCCGUACCUACUCACAGCAGAUCCUGCACCGGUCCAUGUAGCCCCCUACCUGGAAUACCACCCAGACUGUCCGGCCUGCGAGGCCGAGCAGGAAAGCAAUUCUGACUCCGACUCCGACUCCGACUCCGAAGCCAAUAUCCUCGACAAAAUCGACGAGCUCUUCGAACACAUCCACCUCAAAGGGCCGAAUAGCGAGGCAGGGAGAGAACGUCUCGCAGUCCUGCUCUCGAGCCUCCAGGAGCACCUCAAUAAGCUGAAUGCUUCAGCAAACCCACCACCGCAGCAGGUACCUGAGGCAGAGACUGCCCGUUCAAAGUGCUCCCACGCUGAGGCUGCUCCAUCCGACGCACGGGGUAGUCCAUCUGCUGCGAGCAGCGUUGCUGGAUCUUCUGGAUCGGGGGGGGGGGGAGACGGUUACUAUCGCGUCCUCAUCGAAGAGCAAAUGGAAGGCAAGCGAUCAUGA